GGGUGAGAUUGCCCUCUGGACUUGAACAACAUAACCUGAUCUCAAUGGCAAUGGCACAGAGAGCACUCAGGGGAUGGUACAUGUUGUGGACUGUGAUGCUGUGUCUCCACGAUGCUCCCUGUCAGUUGGCUCCUGAAUGUUAUCCUGGUGGCCACCAGAUCCUUCAGAACCCGUACAGAAGUGUGGACUUUGACUCCCUCCGACUGCAACAGUCUGCAAUUCAAGAGCUAAUCUGUGACCACUCAUUAAUCCCAGGAUGGUAUCGCUUUCAGAUCUUUGAUAAACCUGCCGAAAUGCCAACAGUGUGUGUGGAGAUGAACCACUGUGGAACUCAAGCCCCUGUCUGGUUGUCUCUCAGAGAGACUGAAUCCCUACCCCGACCUGGGGAGGUUAAACACUUGACUGCAUGUGCAACGUGGCAGUUUUUCUUCAGCACAACCAAGGACUGUUGUCUUUUCCGAAUUCCGGUCAGCGUACGGAACUGUGGCGACUUCUUUCUGUAUUUGCUGCAGCCCACCCAAGGAUGUAUGGGAUAUUGCGCAGAAGUUUUGCCUAAAACAAAAAAGGAAAAGAAUUGUGGCCCAGAGGAAAUGGAAAUUGGGGACAUGUGCAGAGCUAAGCAACCACCACCACCAGCUGGUCUGGAGGUUGUGGCUGAAUUGGAUAAUGGAAGCAUUUACCUGAAGUGUUCCCUCGAGAGCCCAGUGGCCAAUAGCUCAGUUGGCUUUACUAUCACUUGGUCUCGUCUCUCACCUGAUGGAAGCAAAGAGGAGCUGCGGCAAGAAACCACCGUGCAGACGUUUUCAUUAGAACUGGACGGAAUAAAUCUCCAACUUGGGGAUAGGGUUUACUGCAGAAGUUCAACUUUCUAUUUGGACAGUCCAGAUAUUCAAGGACCCUCUGCUGAAAGUGAAGAAUUCUUUGCUGGGAUUAAGAUUCACCCAGAGGCUUUGACCAUAGCAGAGGAUGGAAAGGAGCACAGACUGAUGGUUGAAAGUACUGUGCCAAUCCCUUGCUCCGAGUUCACCCAGAAUGAAGAUGAAUGUAAAUUGAGACUCAUGGUUAACACAGUCAGUCAAGGUACACGAUAUUCGGGAUCAGACCUUGUUCUCUCAACCUGUCAUGUGGACCUGCUCCAAACACCUUGCAAUCGAGGCAUAUGUUCCCGGUCGACCAUUUACUAUUCAGCAGUCAUGGAUUUUGCGCAGGAUGGUGACAGAGUGACUGAAAUCAUGGCGUGGCCCUUUACUAAUGAAAAUUUCUUGUGGAAUAACUAUGUCCUGGAACCUGUGCAGAUAAUAGUAAAGGACGUCCCCAUUGCCUAUUGUUACUCAUUUACUGAUCCACACCUGAUUACAUUUGAUGGCAGGCGGUAUGACAAUUACAAGACUGGGACUUUCAUGCUAUAUAAGAGUGUUGCUCGUGACUUUGAAGUGCACGUGCGCCAGUGGGACUGUGGGAGCUCUCAUUAUCCAGCUUCUUGUAACUGUGGAUUCGUGGCUAAAGAAGGAGGAGAUGUCAUUGCUUUUGACAUGUGCAAUGGGCAGCUGCAUGAAACCAGGCCACACUUAUCUGUGAAGAGUCAAGACAUAGCGGGUAACAGUGUCAAGAUUACUGAAUCUUACCAAGGAAAGAAAGUAACAGUCACAUUUUCUUCUGGAGCAUUUGUCCGCGCUGAUGUGAGUGACUGGGGAAUGAGUUUAACACUCAGAGCACCGGGCAUAGACUUCCAGAACACUAGAGGUCUAUGUGGCACAUUUGAUGGAGAUAUGAAUAAUGACUUUCAUAAUCCAGAUGAUCUUCUCGAUCGAGAAAUCCCUGCCAGUCUGGAUGCUUUCAUUGAAGAUUGGAGAAUUAUGCCUGGCAAGAGUCUGUUUGAUAAAACGUCAUCUUCACCAAUUACUUUCAAAAAAAGACAAUAUUGCAGUUGUAGUACAAACUUGCCCGUGUUGCAAGAGUCUUCUAAUAAACUAGAUGCUGCUCCUCAACCUGGGGUCGCUUCAACUUGUUCAAGCAGUGAACAUGUGAGACUUUCCACUUUGAUACCUGUCUUAGAUGUUACAGCAGAAUACAUUAGCAGUAUUGAGUUAAUUAGAGGAAUUAGCAGACGUCAAGCUGAAAAUAAAUCCACAACAACAUUAACACAUAGACAUCAUACGAAUCUGAGCAAGUUCCACGAAGCCACACACUUUACCAAAGCCUUGCAUAUUCAUCCCAGAGGACACAUAAGGACAAUAGAAAGAAGAUUAUCAAAGGGAAACACUAGAAGGAACAAACGCCAUCAUACAAGGCAUCUUAGCAGCAGAAGAUGGAAACGCCAGAACUAUUAUGAAUUCUUACCAACAUUCCCAUUCCAGAGUCUCACUCAGACUGAUCUGGAAGGGUUCAGCUAUUUUUUUCCUGAGGACCACGCCGCUGAUUUUCAUCAGGAAGCUUUACCUUCAUGGCCUACACCUUCUGGAUUGACAGAAGCGAAUGCCUUUGACUUGUGCCAGCAAACAGUAGCCAAUUCCAGUAUAGGCAGAGCCUGUGGAGAAUUGCUCGGUGGACGAAUAGUAGAUGUGAUAGAUAUUUGUAUCUUGGAUCUGCAGCGUAAGGAUAAUGUCAGCUGGGCGGCAGGAGGCCUGAGUUUGUUAGAGAAUGAAUGCGAAAGGAAACUAUUGGAAAAUGGGAUGUACCAUGGAAGGGACUUUGGGGAUUUAUCUGAUGUGCCUCAGGAAAUCUUGUCAGCAUUGAGGUGCCCCAAUGUUUGCAGCGACAAUGGCGAGUGUGCUGAGUGGGGCUGUGCCUGCUUUUCAGGUUUCAGUUCUUAUGACUGCAGUGUAUUAGUUGAUCAGCUUCCUGAGAUCAGAGAGUUGGAGAAUUCUGGAUUGUGCGAUAUCCGUCGGUAUGACUGCACCUCUGUGAGGGUCUUCGGCCAGGGAUUUAUGGAGUCUGAAAGCUUAAAGUGUGAAAUCGUCAAGCUGCAACAUGCCAAUGGUGAAUGGGUUGUAACUGUGCCACAACUGACGAAGGCUACUUUUUUGAGUAAUAAAGCUGUGGACUGCCAGAUUCCUGCUGAGGAUGGUCAACCAUCUGAAAGCAUAGACUUGGUUGUUGACGACAAGCCAAUUGCAAGGUGGCAAGUUAAGAUUUCAAAUGAUGGUUAUAUAUACAGCAACACCGAGAUCUUAACGUUAUUCGAUGGAGCUUGUCAGACUUGUGAGCCAGGAUCUGAAGGCUUUUGCACUUUAAAGGAGAAUACAUGCAGUAUUGAUGGGCUCUGUUAUGGUGCAGGGGACCUAAAUCCAACCAGCCCUUGUCUUUUGUGCAGACCUGACACUUCCAAAUUUGAGUGGUCCAUUAAUGAAAACAACCAGCCCCCAGUCUUUCAAGCUUCACAAGACAGACUGCGAACGUUUUCUGGUGAAAAUUUUGUGUACCAAUUCCUAGCGUCUGAUCCUGAAGGUUCUGCAGUUGUUUUUAACAUUGAUUCUGGGCCUCAGGACGCCAUGCUGUCUCCUGCCGGGCUGCUGAUAUGGAAAGUGGAUUUGCAGGAAUCCCAGCAGUUCACGUUUUCCAUCACAGAUGAUUGUAAUGCAGAGACCAAAGUAACAGUGGAGGUCUUUGUGAAGCCGUGCAAUUGCUUGAAUGGAGGGUCAUGUGUUAUAAACAUACACUUUCCUCCUGGCAGUGGGGAGUACCUCUGCGUGUGCCCUCUUGGUUUUGAAGGAAAGUAUUGUGAAGUGAACAUUGAUGACUGCCAAUCCAAACCUUGUGGGUUUGGUCUCUGUCUGGACGGAAUCAAUGGUUAUUCAUGUCAGUGCCCAGCGGGCCUUACAGGUACUGACUGUCACCAGGAUGUGGACGAGUGUGAAAUUGGUGCUUGUUUCCCAGGAGUCACUUGCUACAAUACAUUUGGCACCUACAGGUGUGGUGUAUGCCCCCCAGGAUUGCAAGGAGAUGGCAAUGUUUGUGAAGCAAAAGCUGAAGGUAAGACUACAGCAGUAGGUCUGCCAACCAGGGUGAUUCCUGAGGUCUUCAAUGAGGAUUAUAAUUCUCAGAAUGAAGAGCAGGAGGAAGAUGCAUACAAGACAGAAGAGGAAGAUGGUGAAGAUUAUAUUAGUGAAGUGAAUGACAUUACGGAAUCAGUGAAGCUGACAAAUGAAGAUAGAUGGGGUUUGUUCAUCCCCAGCUCUAGCUCUUUUCACACUCCUUCCUUCAGAAUCGGUUGUGCCAGCAAGCCUUGUUUUGCUGGAGUGCAGUGUUUUGAACCCAAACUGCCAGAGGUGGAUUUUAUGUGUGGCCGAUGUCCCCAAGGAUUUUCUGGAAAUGGGCACACAUGUACCAGAGUUAUUCUGUCUGGUGGUCCACAACCUGAGGUAGACAGACCAAAGGGAAGAGUCAGCACUGCAGCUACUGUAGCAUCCAUGACAAAAGCAAUCCAGAAACCACACCUUCCUCAAUGGACCUCAGUACACCAGCCAAACAACAACAGAUCCAUAGGCCAACAACCUAUCCUGCAUAUCAGGCCACUUGUACCAGGGAGGACUCGAACUGAACAGAACAGAGUUGUUACAUCCCCAGAAAAUCAAAAGGAUGCAAGAGUGAGUAACACAGAUGGAAUAGCAAGAGAUAACGGAGCAAGUUUUAGCAACACCAGGGAAAGAGGCUUUCCGAAAAAACAUGAUCCAUCAAUGACACAUAGGAAACCCUCAGCAAAUUCACAUUCUUCCACUAUCCCAGAACCUUCAUGGAGCUCUGACACAGAAGAUGAAUUGACACAUGAACCAAAGAUAGUUACCUGUGCUGACUCACCUUGUUUCUCAGGAGUUUUUUGUGAGCCAACUGAACACGGAGGCUUCAAGUGUGGACGAUGUCCUUUUGGCUAUUUUGGUGAUGGAGUCACAUGCAAAGCAAUGUGCCGAUACCCCUGUGGAAGGAACAUGCAAUGUUCAGCACCAAAUACUUGUCGCUGUAAGCCUGGCUACACUGGAUACAACUGUCAAACUGCCAUAUGUCGUCCUGACUGUAAAAACCGGGGGAAGUGUGUGACGCCCAAUGUUUGUGAAUGCCUACUUGGAUAUGGAGGACCAACGUGUGAUGAAGCUCACUGUGAACCAGAGUGUCAACAUGGAGGAACCUGCUUGGCUAGAAAUCUCUGCACCUGUCCAUAUGGGUUUGUGGGCCCACGAUGUGAAACAAUGGUCUGCAAUAGGCACUGUGAAAAUGGAGGAGAAUGUGUCUCUCCCGAUGUCUGUAAGUGCAGAUCUGGCUGGUACGGCCCGACGUGCAACACAGCUGUGUGCAGCCCAGUGUGCCUAAAUGGUGGAACGUGUAUCAGACCCAAUAUCUGCCUGUGUCCUAAUGGAUUUUUUGGAUCACAAUGCCAGAACGCAAUUUGCAGUCCUCCUUGCAAGAAUGGCGGUCACUGUAUGAGGAACAACGUCUGCUCCUGUCCAGAUGGUUACAUCGGGAAAAGAUGCCAGAAAAGCAUCUGUGAUCCAAUGUGUAUGAAUGGAGGAAAGUGUGUGGGUCCCAAUAUCUGUUCAUGCCUGUCAGGAUGGAGAGGGAAAAGAUGCCACAUACCUGUUUGUCUGGAGAAGUGCAAGAAUGGGGGAGAAUGUAUAGGACCCAGCACUUGUCAUUGUGCUCCAGGCUGGGAAGGAUUACAGUGUCAAAUCUCUGUAUGCCGACAGAAAUGCCUGUAUGGUGGCAAAUGUAUUCUUCCAAAUGUCUGUUCCUGUCGUCCAGGAUAUUCUGGCUUUAUUUGUGGCAAAAAGGUAUCAAUUAGACUGGGCUAAUGCAGUAUCACUAACAAGGAGGAGUGGUGCAAUGCUGAAGUUGGUUGUAAGAGAGCCAGAAUUGGUUUUGCUCAAUUAAAAANGACUGCAAACAUCAAAGAGUGGACUGCAUUAAACUAAAGAAUUAAAACCAUGGGGUUUUGAUCAAAACC